AUGUUUUUUUUCACCAAAAAACUGUGGUUUGGUUUGCAGGUCGAGGUGGAGGUGGGCGCCGACGAGGGUCAUCAGCAGAUUUUCCACGGAGAAGGCGAACCGCACAUUGAGGGCGAUCCGGGAGAUUUGAAGUUCAAGAUUCGCAUUCAGAAACAUCCGAGGUUGGUUUUUCAGGAGAAUUUCCGAUUCAGGUUUUCCGCCGAAUCGGCGAUCCCGAGAGGCAUGUGUGAACUUUUUUUUUCCUUCAAAGUACCCUUAGACCCCUUCUCCGCACACAUUUCCUUCCGUUUGAGCUAUUUCUGUCCGAGAUCUGAGAAGAGCAUAGGUCACACAAAGUAGUGUAAUGUUACGCAAUAUAUACACUUUUUUCCAUGGCUCUCCACCUCCGCAAUCGCACUUUUUUCCUCAAUUUUGCCCCUCAAAUCACUUCCUCGUUCCUUUCCAAAAAAAAAACAAAAGUUUUCCCGAUUUCGCUUCCCGCGAUUUAUCGCUUUCACAGUCGCAUUUCUACUCGAAAAUCUGUGGCGAACCGGUUCAGUAUUCGCAUAUAUUAUAUAUCGGAAUGAUGUUGAUGAUGACACACACACACACACACAUUUAAUACUGACAACAAAAAAUUUGAUGAUGAUGUAGAUCAUAUGGGUUAGUAGUUUUGUACAUAAAAAGAUGAGGAUUUUGUCGACGGCGAAGGGAAAUUGUAAACCUGCAAUAUCUAGUAUAGCUUACCCAGCCGUUUUUCGCUUAAUUUCAAAAGUUUCUUCCCAAAAACUGCAAAAUCAAUGCACGUUGGUUUGUUGACCUCCUCAAGUGCUCCAAUUGCUCCAACGUCCAAAAAACCAGAGUUUGUCGAGAAAAAGUGAGAGAAAUGUGCGCGUUUGCUCUAUUCCUCAUAAAUUACAACGCGGGAAACAACAAACGUGUGGUGUUUGACUCGUUCCCUCAUGAUGUGCUUGGAUCCUCUCCGCUCCCGACGGGACUACUUUUUCUCUCUCUCUCUCUCUCUCUUACACUGGUUUCGCGUCGCCUCUUCACUCACUUUUCGUCCUCCUCUCGGUCGUGUGUGACCAAACACAAUCACAUGUUCCUCUUCUUCUUCUUCUUCUUCUUCUUCUUCGCGUAUUCCUUCCCCAUCCCGACCGUUUUGUUCGUUCGGUUUCGGCGGGCCCCGGGGCACGCGCGCCGAAAGACCGCCCAGUCAGAAAGUACACAAAGUGAGAGCUCCCCGCCGGCUCGUGAUUUUCGAUAUUCAUAGGCGCGCUCGCUCGCCGAUGACCGCAUUUUUCCGCUGUUUCAUCCGCUUUGCUCUGCUUGCAAAGCUUUGAAGAAAAAAAACACAUAAACUGCUUCAAAUUGAGAUAAGGACGCGCAAUUCUGGCAGUUUCCAUAAAAAGUUUGUCCUGAAGCACAGAACUGGCUUUUAAAUUCUCUGGAGCCUUUGAAAAUACCGGAAAGAGCUUCAAGGAAGUCCAGAAGCCUAAAAUUCUACAAGUUUUUGAGGCAAGGCUUGAUAAUUAUGCUCUAAAGCUCGGAAGUCUUUUCUGGACGUUCUGGACGCUUGGAACAAGUUUUACCUGUUUGUUUUAGAGCUCUCUAGGCAUUUCCAUACCUCUAACAGUCCUGACAGUACCCUAAAGCUAAAAAAAAAAGAUUUACUGUAGCCCCUCGCCUCCUCCAAAACCCGUCGAAUAACAAAUGCGCCGCCCAACAAAAAAAAACGAAAACCGAGUCGGUUGUUGAUGUCUCGUGAACACAACCAGACAAGUGAGAAGGUAUUUUGUUUUCCUUCUCUCAUCACUUUUUCGUUCUGUUUUCAACACUACCACACCCGCCUGUUUAUGAGAGCGACUCAUUGAUAGGAUGUCCAGUGUUUGCUGAUUUUUGAGCGUUGGAACACUACUUUUGUAGAUUAGGCUGUCUAAUGCUAAAAAAUGGGCCUAGGAGAUUUGGGGAACUAAGAUUUGUGUACAAAAUUGCAUGCCUUCCCUGCAAAACUGAUCUUUUUGUCAAUUGCGGCGCUCUCCAGAACAGUGGUCUUGACGAUCAUGCUCUCUAACGUCCGGUUCAGCGCGCGCGGCGGCGAGAAUCGAUAAAAAGUGUUCAGUCACACACCUUGUGCUCAUUGCCCCCCACCACCACCGCCCGCCUCCGCUUUUUCGCUUCCAUUCCUUGCGAUUUUCCGCGAUUUUCUAUUUGUUCAACUGAUUGAUGUAUGUGUGUGUGUGUGUGUGUGAGCAGGAAAAGUGGAAAAAGUUCGCCACCAGUCGGAGCCAGGAGCAGCAGGUGUACUUGACGAAGUUUGUGUGCGUCAUUCCAGCCUUUCUAUCUUUUUAGGCAGCUCAGACUGGAAAUGUUCUGUAUCGUUGUUUUUCAGGCUUUUUCCACAUCCGCUGGUCUUCUUUCUCGUAUACGGUUCUUUUGGAGAAACUGGGAACGUGUUCGGAGGUAGAAUUCAGACCGCGAGUGGGCUGAGUACUGUUUUGCCGUUUUCCACUUUUUCCGGUGGCACAGACACCAAAAAACGGGCCGUAUUUCUGAUGGAUCUUGUUGGAUCACGGAAUGUUCUCCGUAUGUUCUCCGGUCUCCUGUCUUUUAGUUUUCUGCGCUUUUCCGCCUUUUCCGGCGGAAACGCCCGCGCUUUUCGCACAUUCCACCAUUGCCGAUGUUUUUGUUCUGCGAAAAACGUGCAACAAUCGGAUGGGAAAAUGUAGGCGAGACUUUUUUAUAUUAAAAAAAAUUCCAUACUGACGCACGCACGCACGCACUCACACACAUAUAUAUAUAAACACUCCCCGCUGAUACUCGGUCGUUUCAUUUCCUUCUUCUUUUUCUUUUCCUCCAGGAUUCCCCCUUAUUCUUAUCAGUUUUCUGCGUGCCGAUUUUGUUCGAAAAACGAGAAAAGUUCCGGGAUUGGACAGGUUCGGACAGAGAUGGAAUUAUGCUGAUGCUGACGGCCACGCACAAUCUCGUGAAGAGAAGAUGAAAAGCGGAAGAUAUGCUAAUAGGGACGGGUACGGUAGGCUGUCUUUUGGUCGACCACUUUGUGUACUUCCGCCAAGUACUUUUAUCAUCACUCGUGUACUACUACUACUACUGAUUGAGAGAGAGAGAGAGAAGACACUGAUUCAAUUAGACGAGUGACUGGCGUGUGACGUGGCACACGGAAAUGUUUAGGUUUAGAAGAUAAACCAUCAAGGGUGAUCAGAUUUCUGUGAAAUCGAUCCGAUGCACGGGUUUCUUUAAACAUAGCACCGAAAUUUGGAUGGUUUUGGAGCGCAAGGGAUCGAUGACGUGGCAAGCAAAUCUUACAACAUUCGUAGCUUUGACCAGACUCCCGGACGAAUUGCAACUGCGAUUUUUCGAAACUCAGUCCGGUUGUGAAAUCGAAAUUUCGCAACCAACCGUAUGGAAGUCCGAAAUCAGUAGUUGUAGAUCACAGAUUGCAUAGUUUUGCUCUCUUUCAGUUGCGGAAUGUCCGAAUGUUUUGACUCUUCUCAACUAGGCCUUCAGGCAUUUCGAAACCAAUCCUAGUUUCAAAACGUCCAAUGAUCCCCGAAAAAACCGAACUUUGACGCUUAAAGCCUUUAAACCCAAUUUUUUAGUCGGCUUCCUUUCCGCUUCACAUCGUUCUGUCCUUGGGUGGAGAGGAUGUUCUAGAUGACCUCCAGACACCCGCCGACUUAAUCUAAUCCAAUCAAAAAGACCUACUACUACUGCUAUUACUACUACUAAUAGUGGGCGGAUAGUAGCGAACUAUCUCGAUGACCCGGUUUCUUUUUCCGUCUCGAUAUUGUCGUAGUCUUCCUUUUGCUGCAUAGAAUUGAAGGACACACGUCGAUAUCAGUAUCAUGUCAAUCAAUUUCUUCUUCUUCUUCUCUCUCCUUUUCUCUCAUUCCGAUGUGUCUGGUGGCAGUCAAUUUGUCGUUGACGUUUUCGUAUACAUAUAUAUAUAUAAAAGGUGUAUAAUGUAUAUGCAAGCCACACGGGGAACCCGCCCACUCAUGAUGAAGAAGAAGAAGAAGCGCUUUCCAUACACUUUUUCUCAUUCUCUUUUUCUCUUUUUCUCUCUCUCUCCCUAUCUCUCUAGCAUUUUUCGCCCCGCCGCUGCCGCCGCGCCGAUCACUCUCGAAUCAAUUGGCUUUGCGGCGCUCUUCUCCUCCUCCUCCCCCUUCUUCUUUUUCUAGUCCUCGCCUCGUUUUCAAAACCGAAUUCACACUAUUUUCAACAAUAUCCGCUAUUUUCAGGUUCGAACGGAAAGGCGAUGAUCUGUACACGAACGUGACGAUUUCGCUGCAAGACGCGCUCAACGGCUUCGAGAUGGAAAUUGUGCAUCUCGACGGGCACAUUGUCAACGUUUCACGUGAUAAGGUAGGAUUUGAGACGUGGAAAAAAGAAGUUUUUUGAGAAAAUUUGAAGGUUUCAACGGUUUGACGGUCUAGGAAGAGUUACGGAAGUGCUGGAAGCUUUUGAAAGCUUCUGACUGCUCCAGGAAGCUUCUAAAAGGUUCUGGUAUUACUUUCGGUCUAAAAACAGUUCCUGAAGACUUUCCAAACAAAGUUUUCGGGGAAAACACGAAAUUCUAGAAAUGAGAUCAACUUUUGACAUAUCUGGACGAGAUGAUCGAAAGUUUGGUGGAAAAACGAGGAAUUGACUGAAUGUUCAACAUAAUUGGCUCUUUUCAUUUCGAAAAAUGUAUAACUGUAACUUUUCUGCAUGGAAAGCUAUAGUUUUACACCUUAUGAGCCAAUUUUGUUGAUUUCAUUUCAUGUCAGUUGAUCAAACUCCAGAUCCAAACAGUCCAAAGUAUACAUAUAUAUCUUGUGCUCAACGCCGUUUUUUUGUGUCAUUUUUUCGCCCGUAUCAAUCGAUUGUUGAUGCGUGUGCGUGUUGGUGAUUGACAUGUCAGCCCGCGGGCGGCCGGUGCCACGUCAUUCUCGUGAUCUUCUUUCUCUCUCUCUCAGUCGACAAGAGCGAGGAGAGUACGUCACUAGUUCAGUGGAGCGCGCUUGCCCAUGCUGAUCCGGUAUUGUCACUGUCAUCGUCAUUAUGAUCACGGGAAUCUUCUAAAACAUUCUAGCUUUCUAGGGCCUAGGGCACUAUAAAUCCUAGGCUUACGCCGUUGUUUGAGCCUAGAGCGUUUAGAGCAACCAGUAGACUACAAGAACUAGUAGAAGCGUAAUUUCUCUGUAAAAGUUUUUUGGGUCGUCACAAUCGGCUUGCUUAUCGUAAAUACUUCAGGACAAUGUAUCUCGGCUGACGGUAGAGAUAUAAAAAAGUUUUCAACUGGCAAAUUGUUCAUUGAAACAUUGUGUACUGUUUCAUUAGUUGAUCACUUUUUGAUAUCUCUACUGGUAAUUGAGAUACAAGUCAAUUCCGUAGUAAAAAAAAACUUGCUAUUCAUCCUCAUAGUUUUUCUCGAAAUUCUGUUCAAACAUUCCCCAGUUCUACCGUAUCUCAAAACCAAAUCUUGCAGGUAACGUGGCCGGGCGCGCGUCUCCGCAAGAAGGACGAAGGAAUGCCGUCGCUGGAGAACAACAAUCAGCGCGGAAUGCUCGUCGUCACGUUCGACGUCGAGUUUCCGAAGCGGGAGCUCACGGCCGAGCAGAAGACGCAGAUCAUCGAGAUCCUCGCGCAGACGGAUCUCAAGCCGAAAGCCUACAACGGCCUCUAA